UUUAAGUAUUGAGAGAAGUCAUUGUUUUAAGUAAAAAACGAACAAGUGAUUCUUUUGUUUAAUAAAGAGAACCAGUGAAGGAAAACAGAAAAUAUUAAUUAAUUCAAUAGCACUGUAGAAUGUGAACUUAAAUUAGAGGUCUGAAGAUAGCACACUUUCUAAGAUGUCCACAGUGAAACGUGUGCAGUUUGCUGUUUCGGAUGAAAUGAACCACACUGCAGCAUCUAUAUACGGGUCGGAGUUUUGUCCAACUCAUCCUACAUAUAAAGUCGUAUCUUGGUGUUCUACACACGAAACAUCAAUUUGCAUGGUGUGUUUCAAGUUAGAUCAUGCCAAAUGCAAAGGCGUUGAGCCACUCGAGGAGGCCAUCAAAAGUACAAAUUCUAAGUCCGAGUUAAAAUCGUUAAGACAACGUGUUGAAGAAACUAGAAAUAUCUUCAAACGCCUUGUUAAAGACAGAAAUCACAACAUUGAUGCGCUUGAAAAUCAGAAAGAUGUUCUCAAAGCUGAUGUUAAGACGUUCAAGGAAAGAAUUUAUCAACAUCUUGAAAGAUUAGAAUAUCGGUUAGAGAAAGAGAUAGAUUUAGCUUUAGAUCGACAUAAACACAAACUUGAAGACCAGAUAUUUGAGUACAAUCAAAGGGACGGAACUUUAGCAUCCCUAUAUAAUGAUCUUAUACAUAUAAACGAAGAUUCAACUGAAAACCAUACAAUUUUGUUUUUGAAAGAAGCAAACGUUGUUCAAAGAAAGGAAGAAGAGUUUCUUAAAGGGGAUGUCGGUUCGCUUAAAAAUAUUAAUCUGCAGUUAAAAAUGGACGAAACAGUCAGAAAAGUGGUUGAUGUUCCGACAAUAGCAAAUGUUAAAAUGGUAGAAAGUUACCCAACAAACCCUCCAGAUUUGCAAUCACUUUCGAAGGACGAUAAACAAACUGAAAGCAUGCUUAUCAAAGUUGAGGAAUCGGUAAAAGAAUACAAUAUGGAUAAAUUUAAAUUCGUUUUCGAAAGAGAUAUAGAUAUUAAACCUACAUUUUCGACAAAUGCCCUGGUCCCCGAAGUAACUGGUGGCAUGAUUUUACCAGAUGGAAGAUUAUUUGUUGUUGAUAAGGUAAAUAAACGGUUGCUAGGAUACACUGCCAAAGGACAGUUAGCCAAAGAAACUUUCAUGGAAUAUGAACCAUAUGCAAUGACAUACCUUGAUGUCAACAGAUUUUAUCUUACAGUUCCGGGGCAACAAUGCAUAGAAAUUCGAGAUUAUGGAGCGCUUCAGUAUUCCGAAAAGAUUGAUAUAAAACAUCAUGUUUCUGGAAUUUCGUCCUACGAAGAUACCAUAGCUGUCGUUUGCGAAAAUUUUGGCAUUGCACUUCUAGACCAAACAGGAACAAUGGUAAACAAAAUACCAAUGAAAGGAAACAAAGAAGGUCCAUUGCAUCUUUUAGGGAAAACUAUUUGCUACGCCGAAAGUAAGAAAGGAACUAUCCAUGUUUUAAGCGUUUCCGGAGAAGUUAAAUUUACGACUACCGUAAAAGGUUUAGGAUACGUCCAAGGAAUAGCGGUAUUACGAGACAGCAGUUUCCUCGUUUCAAGGUCAAGCCCAGGAAACAAAGUCACGUGGCAUUUUUCACCUGACGGUCACCAACAAGCAUUGCGAGAAGAGUUUGAAUCCUUUAAAUCGCCACGUGCAAUAGUUUAUGAAAAGAAAUUAAAAAAAAUGUUUGUCGCAAAUGGAGUGCGAACAAUAUCAAUUUUCAGAGAAGUGUAGUAACUCUGUGUUAUUCUGAAUGAUCAUAAAAUUUAUGAAUGAAAUUCGAAAAGUAAAAGAUUUGAAAUUAUAAAACUUUAUGAUGAUCAUUUUGUUAUAACAAAAUAUAAAU